AUGAACUGGCUCAAGUCAACUCUUUCGGCGGCCGUGGGUACGCAAGAACCCAUCUAUGGCCCUGAUGCCAUCCAGUCUGUCGCCCAGCAGGCUCAGGAGACCCCUCACACUGUCCUCACCAAGGAUGAUUUGCGCUGGAAGGCCUACCAAUACACCAAUGUCGAAACCCAGACCUUCUACAUCAUGGCCGACAACGGUACAUUGGUUAUGGUCCAGCUGAUCUACAGCAACAUUGCGGGCAUCCAUACUACCGCUCACUUCAACACCAAGAUCUUCAACCUCGAAGGCGACGGCGAACACAUCUGGAACACCAACCCUCUCUCCAACAUCAUUUUCGACGAGAAGAUGCUUUCCUUCGCUGCUGAUAACCUGGCCAUCACCCUGAAUGAGGAGGGUGACUCAUACUCCAUCAAGUCCACCGUCAACCCGGAUAGCGUCGUUGACCUCAAGAUCACCCGCAAAGCCCCCGGCUUCGCUGUCGGCAAGAACGGCACCUCCUACUUCGGAACCGACCCUAAGAACCCUUGGGGCUCCAUGACCCAUUCCUUCUGGGCCCGAUGCGCCGUCGAGGGUUCCAUUACCACCAAGGCCAAGACCUACGACCUGGCAGGCCGCGGUGUUUUCAUCCCAGCUCUGCAGGGCAUGAAGCCUCACCACGCCGCUGCCCGCUGGAACUUCCUUAACUUCCAGACCCCUACCUUCUCCGCUAUCAUGAUGGAGUUCACCACCCCCCCCAUCCUACGGCUCGACCAAGAGCAGGACCCCGAGAGCGAGUGGCCCCAGCCCACCUCCAUCAAGUGGGAGUGGUCCGGCAAGACUGCCGAUGGUCAAGACGUCACCGCCGAGGUCGACGGCCCUCUGGGCAAGCGCCUGGACCGUGUCGAUGUGAUGGGUGAAGUCCCCGGAUUCAUCAAGACCAUCGCCGGCAGUGUCGCCGGUACCCGCCCGUACAUUUUCCAGUACUCCCCCAAGGAGAAGCUUUCCCUCAAGCUCAACGUCGGCGGCGUCGAAACCGUCGAGGAGGGCAUCCUCUUCUCAGAGUCGACCUUCAUCUCCUAA